UUCCUCUCUAAUCAUUUCGUGAAAUCUCUCUCAUUUCACGUCUCUCUCUAGAAAAGCAGAGCGGCUCUCUUCUUGGAUCAAGGGGUCUACUCUCCCAACAGGAAAAUCAAGCGACGCCCGGCGGCGGAGGAGGAGGAGAAAGGAGGGGAAUUUUACGGCGAGAGAGGCGGACAAGAGAUAUGGUGGAGACGCGGCGCACCUCAUCUUCGGCGAAGCGUUCUUCGCCGGAGGCCUCAUCGUCUCGGCCCAACAAGCGAUCUAAGGUUAAGAUCGAGGUGACCGCUACUGCUCUCGUAUCUGCGGCGGAGCCGGCGGGGUCUUCGUCGACGAGCGAGGUACCGACCGGAAAUCAGGGACCGGCUUCGGAUCCUGGAUCGGAAUCUGGAGACCGGGAAUCGGGGCGCCCUGAUCCGCAGUCUACUGAUGCGGCAAGUCCGUUUACAACGGAUGCGGCGGCGGCGGCGGCGGCGGAAACCAGUCCUCAUCCCGACGCCGACACAGAAGCUGAAGUCCUGGUGACCCCGACGGCAGCAGGUGAAGUGUUGGUAGAUGCGGAGAAACCGAAGGCGGUGAAGAAGAGGGCUGGAAAAGCUCCAUGGGGCAAGCUGCUAUCCCAGUGUUCUCAGAACCCUCAUCGUGUCAUGAAAUCUCCUGUCUUUACUGUUGGACGACGCGGUUGCGAUUUAUGCAUAAAAGAUCCAUCUAUGCCCAGCACCACACUUUGUGAACUGAGGCAAACUGAGCAAGGAGAUGCAUCAGCUGGAUCUCUAGAGAUAAUGGGAAACGGAGGAAUUGUCCAGGUCAAUGGCAAGAAUUAUGAAAGGAAAGCUAAUAUUCAUCUGCGAGGUGGUGAUGAGCUGGUCUUCAGCCCCUCUGGGAAACAUGCUUAUAUAUUUCAGCCUCUUAAAGAUGAUAAUCUAGCUGCUCGGGAUAUUGCUUCUCCAUUGAGCAUUUUGGAAGCUCAGAGUGCCCCUUUGAAAGGGAUUCAUGUUGAGACAAGAGCUGGCGAUCCCUCAGCUGUUGACGGGGCAUCUAUAUUAGCAUCUUUAUCAGACUACCACAGAUUCCCCCUUCUACCACCGACUGCUAAACGUGCAGAAGGCCAGCAAAAUCCGGAGGUCCCCGGGGUACCUUCUAGUUACAGUGAUUGUAUUCCAGACGUUGACAUGACCGAUGCUGAUUGUAGCAAUGAUCAUGCUGCUAUUGCUUCAACGGAGAAAACUGUUGCUUCAACUUCUAGUGCUGCCAACAAUAAUCUGAAGGCUGAUGGCAGUGGAAUGAAUCCUUGCCAAGAAAAUGGAGGUGGAUGUGUUCCUCUUUCGGCUUAUGAAAUUAGGCCAGUCUUGCGCUUGUUCAGGGAUCCAUCUUCUUCUGAAUUUGAUUUAAGGGGAAGCAUUUCCAAAAUACUGGAUGAUCAAAGGGAAGUCAGAGAACUCCUUAAAGAAUUUGACCUUUCAUCAGCUUUACUAUCGACUAGACGUCAAGCAUAUAAGGACAGUCUGCAAGCAGGAGUACUCAAUCCUGAGAACCUGGACGUUUCUUUGGAGAGCUUCCCAUAUUUCUUAAGUACUGCAACGAAGGAUGUUUUGAUAGCUUCAACCUAUGUUCAUAUGAAGUGUGGAAACAAGUUUGUGAAGUACGCAUCAGAUUUGUCUACAUUGUGCCCCCGUAUAUUGCUCUCUGGUCCAGCUGGGUCGGAGAUAUAUCAGGAAAUGUUGACAAAAGCACUUGCAAAACAUUUUGGGGCCAAAUUGAUGAUUGUCGACUCUCUUUUGUUGCCUGGGGGAUCGUCAAUAGCCAAGGAAAUGGAUUCUUCCAAUCCCAAAGAAAGUUAUAGGCGUGAAAGACUAUCAGUGCUUGCCAAACGAGCGAUACAAGUCGCACAAGCUGCUGCCUUGCAGCAUAGGAAACCAACUUCAAGUGUUGAGGCUGAUAUAACAGGCGGUUCAACCUUAAGUUCUCAGGCUUUCCCAAAGCAAGAAGUGUCAACUGCGACUUCUAAAAGUUACACAUUCAAAACAGGUGAUCGAGUGAAGUUUGUGGGUCCGUCUUCUGCACUUUCUCUUCAAGGCCCACUGAGGGGACCAGCAAUUGGUUUCCAGGGGAAGGUAGUCCUUGCAUUUGAAGGCAAUGGUUCUUCAAAGAUUGGGGUUAGAUUUGAUAGGUCAAUUCCAGAUGGCAAUGAUCUUGGUGGUCUCUGCGAGGAAGACCAUGGUUUCUUUUGUACUGCUAGUUCACUUCGUUUAGAUAGUUCCACCAGUGACAAUGCUGAUAAACUCGCCAUCAACGAAAUCUUUGAGGUUGCAUUUGGUGAGAGUGAAAGAUGUCCGUUAAUAUUGUUUCUGAAAGACAUCGAGAAAUCUCUGGUGGGGAACAAUGAUGUGUAUGCAACCUUGAAGAGUAAGCUUGAGAAUCUUCCCGAGAAUAUUGUUGUCAUAGCCUCACAAACCCAGUUGGACAACCGAAAGGAGAAAUCUCAUCCGGGGGGUUUCUUGUUCACUAAGUUUGGCAGCAAUCAGACGGCAUUACUGGACCUGGCUUUUUCGGAUAACUUUGGUAGGUUACAUGACAGGAGCAAAGAAAUGCCUAAAUCGAUGAAACAAAUAACCAGGCUAUUCCCUAACAAAGUGGCCAUCCAAUUACCUCAGGAUGAAGCUUUACUGUUGGAAUGGAAGGAGAAACUGGAACGCGAUACAGAGAUCUUGAAGUCUCAAGCUAAUAUCACCAGCAUUCGUGUGGUUCUCAGCAGAAAUCGUCUGGCUUGCCCCGAGCUUGAAAGCUUGGCCUUCAAAGAUCAGACCCUUCCACAUGAAAGUGUUGAGAAAAUUGUUGGUUGGGCUUUGAGUCACCAUUUUAUGCAUUUUUCUGAACCUACCAUCAAAGACAACAAACUUGUCAUUUCUGCCGAAAGCGUUAGCUUUGGCCUUAACAUUUUGGACGGGAUUCAGAACGAAAGCAAGAGUGUAAAGAAAUCUUUGAAAGAUGUUGUUACCGAAAACGAAUUCGAGAAAAAACUCCUAUCGGAUGUCAUUCCACCGAGCGAUAUCGGUGUCUCGUUUGAUGAUAUUGGGGCUUUGGAAAAUGUGAAAGACACCUUGAAAGAGUUAGUGAUGCUUCCUCUCCAGAGACCUGAAUUAUUUGGCAAAGGCCAGCUUACAAAGCCGACGAAGGGUAUACUAUUGUUCGGGCCUCCGGGCACCGGGAAGACAAUGUUGGCAAAGGCAGUAGCAACCGAAGCUGGUGCAAACUUCAUCAAUAUAUCAAUGUCCAGCAUUACUUCUAAGUGGUUUGGUGAGGGAGAAAAGUAUGUGAAAGCCGUUUUCUCCUUGGCGAGUAAGAUUGCUCCAAGUGUCAUUUUCGUCGAUGAGGUGGACAGCAUGUUGGGAAGACGGGAAAAUCCGGGGGAGCAUGAGGCGAUGCGGAAGAUGAAGAAUGAGUUCAUGAUAAACUGGGAUGGUUUACGCACAAAGGACAGAGAACGAGUUCUUGUUCUGGCUGCGACGAACCGGCCAUUUGACCUCGACGAAGCUGUUAUUCGACGGCUUCCCCGGAGGUUGAUGGUUGAUUUGCCGGACGCAGCAAACCGAGAGAGGAUAUUGGGAGUGAUUUUGGCCAAGGAGGAGAUGGCAUCCGACGUUGAUUUAGAAGCUAUAGCUAAUAUGACCAAUGGCUAUUCAGGAAGUGACCUCAAGAACCUGUGCGUGACUGCAGCCCAUCUCCCUAUACGAGAGUUACUGGAGAAAGAAAAGAAGGAGAAAGUGGAGGCAGUGGCAGAGAAGAGGGAGUUUCCUCCUCUGUAUAAGAGCUCAGACAUUCGUCCCCUGAUGAUGAAUGAUUUCAAGGUCGCCCAUGAACAGGUGUGCGCGAGUGUGUCGUCGGAGUCAUCGAACAUGAACGAGCUUCAGCAGUGGAACGAGCUGUACGGAGAAGGUGGGUCCAGGAAGAAGACUUCCCUCAGUUACUUCAUGUAAUAUAAUACCCAAUCGUCACCGUCAUCAUCAUGAGGAGUUUGCACUCCUCUCUCAGAUCAAUGUGUACAGAGACCGAGUUACCGUUUGAGUUUUUUUUUUUUUUGGCUCAGAACCUCCAUUCUUUCUUUCUCCGAACCCUCUCAGGCUGUAUAAUAUAUAUUUAUAUAUAUAUAUAUAUAUAUAUGUAUUCGACAAGCAAUA